UUGAGGCGGAACGAAGACUGGGGAGAAAGACAGCCUUCUUCUUCACAACUGAUUGUGAAGCACUUUGGAUUGGAGGGAAGAAGUUUAGGCGAGCGUAGGAAGGAUAAUAUGGAAGAUGAAGCUAAUACCAAUUUUUUUUAUACCAUAACAUUCAUAUAGGUCGUGUAGGUGAAAACCAACUACAAAAAGUAAACGUAAACAUUAAAGACGUCUUGGCUCUUAUCGGAAGCUGUGAAUUAUUCUUCAAAAAACUGACUGAGACUGUGAUGUAACUGCCUGAGGUGAAGUUCUUGCAAGUUGCAUGUGGGCCAUAGAGUUUCAAUGCAUAUGCAUCAAAGACAGACGAGAAUUGUAGUUCUUGGAUUCUGUGAUGAAAAUUAUGCUGGUAAAUUUUUCAGAAAAAACUCUUGUUCUAGAAAUCAAGAUGCUGGACGGCAUCCACCGUCAACACAAUAACCGU